CAGAAGAUUGGUGCGAGAAGCGAGAGCAAGAGUGUGACAAACACCCCGACCACCGAACAAGACUCCCGUCCCACCACGCCCAAAAGCGUCCGACCUCCGCUCUCCCCUCGAACCGAUCACCAACUGCGCCUCGCCUGCGCCUACGUCCUCCAAGACUUCAAGCCCUCCCAUCAAUUGUACGAGGAACGAUACGGAACGACGGAAGAUGAUCGGCCGCGCUUGAGUUAUCCCGUGGUUGAUAAAACCGAAAAGCGACAGGAUGAGGUGCCUCAAGGACCCUUUCCACAGCGGACAAGUUCGCGAGCCAGACCGCAGAGAAGGCAGGAAGCAGAGCAGACGAGCAUGCUCGAACUUCCCCGGAUGAAGCCGACCAUCAAGAGCCAGGCAUUCUUCGAAGGCCUUCACAUUGACUCUAAAACCCUCGAUGCCCCACCUCCAAUGCCAGACAAGGCCAAGAUGGAUAAGCUGAUGGAUGAGGAGAUCCGCUUCGACCUGUCCAACCUGAACCCCCCAAUUGCCAGUCCCGCCUUCUUCGCUGGCGUCGAUGUCCAGCGAUUGCGAAAAGAGCAUUUGGCCAUCGGCCAGACUGCGUCCGAUGCUUCGAACUCGCAAGUCGGCACCGAGGCCCGCCCAGUCAAACUUCUUAUGCGUUCCGCGUCCAAUCCAGUGUCUACAAGAGCUGUCUUGGUCGACCAUCACCCCAAGAAGUGGCCACGCGCCGAAUCUGCCGACACCACAGCCUCCUCGCCACGUACCGAUGGCACGGAGAAUGCAUGGAACCUUUCCACCGCACCAACCUCUGCGGCCGCAACACCUGCGCCAGGCUCGAUGCGGCAAUCGUCACAGUCCGCGCGACAAGGGUCGGAGAAGUUCCUGACGGCAGAUAUCGAGUGGAUGCGGUCGGAGCUAGAGAGGCACAAGAGAGAACAGGACGAGGCCAAGGCACGGCGAGAGCUGGACAACCAGGUCCUUGCGAGCCUUGGGUUGAACACCGGGCCGGACGCUGCACAGCAGUCUUCCAAAACAUCGGCCCAGGCCCCGGUGCGGAAACCCUUGCCGGCCAUACAAGCAGACGGCCUCCUCCGAGGGAGAAAAACGAACCAGUCGAUCCAAGAGAGACGCAACGUCCCACCCGUUGCACAGCUCAGCGCCACACCAAGCAGAGAUGCCUCACGAUCGGCGGUCAACCGACAGCACUCCGUGCCCCGGUCGGAGAAUGCACAAGAGCUAUAUAUGCGUCAAGCAGAAAGCAGCGAAAGCCAAGCAGCGAGUCGGAGAGGCAGUCAAACAUCCGAGCCACGCAAACUGCGGUCUCUUUCUCGCGAGUUCCGAGAGUACUUUGGGGGCUCGUCAGAUGCCGCAGUAUCCUCUGGCGACGAUGUCUCCCGUGCUUCGAGUCGCUCCCGGAGAUUGUUCCAGUUGAAUCCCCGGCCACGUGACGGCACCAGGGCGCCACUGGCCAGUAUCGAGAGCAGCAAGCCGCAAAGCCGCUCGCGAUCCAUCGAGUCCAUUCGUAGCGCUGUAUCUGCUGUCGCGCCAUCGCUCGACUCGGCUGCAAGCAAGUUGCGAAGCUGGAAAUCAUCGCGUACCGGAGAGAGUACUACGACCAACGACACUAGCAGAUCGGGCUCUUCGCUCUCGAAAAGACACAGUCGGGAUUUCAGUCGCGAAUUACAGAUGUCUCCGGACUCGCACAAGAGAGGCAAAUCGUCGGUCAAUCUCAAUCGCGAGCUCCCGCCGCUGCCAUCCAUCGAUCAGUGGAAGCCGGCGGAGCCCGAAAAGCCCAAGCAUAUCGUCUCCAUGGCCAGCCCAAAGCGCUUCAGUCUGAGACUAUCGGGAGGUGCUGCUGCGUCUGCUCCCAACCUUGCGGAGUUCGGCCCCGUUUCGCCUCUUCCAGGUCCGGGUACGUACACCUCCUCCACUUCUCGGAUCCAGUCCAUCUACAGUCGAUACUCCAAAAUCUCGGACGGAUGGCUCCCGCCGCUUUCUGCUGGUGCCUCGCCAACUGUCCAGUCGCCGCUCCCACAGCUCGGUCAAACUGCGGACCGCUACUCCAGCAUCGGUGACUCCGCAAGACCUGAAUCUUUCCCCGCCUCUCCAGCAUACGCAGUCGUCGAUCCACGACAAGCCUCCUUCCCCGCCUCGCCUGCCUAUACGACGACAGAUGAACAAGCACAACAAGUGUCCUCGUCCAUCCCCCCGUCCCCAGCUUACCUAACGGUCGAGUCUCAGCAGCAACGCAUCCCAAGCGAGUACAUGUUCCGCUCGAAUUUCGGUGCCCUGCUACAACCAUCGUCUCCACUUUCCGUCCCUGUCGUGCUCGACACCACCCCACCUCAGCGAGCGGUCACCAUCAAGCGAAGGACAGAAGACAUGUUCCUCCCCGACCUCGACGCCAGGGCGAGGAACGAAAGCAGUAUAGUCGGCCCUCCGGCAGCAAGCAAGGAAGAGUCAUCGUCCGGAACGCCGGCCAAGACACACAUCAUCAAUCACUCCCGCAGCCUCGGAAAAAAGAAAUCCGACAAGGCCGCGCCAGCACCGGGAAUCAAGAGGCAAAACACCGCUCCAAUCCUGCAUUCCGCCGCCGCUGCCUCCUCCUCGCCAUCUACACCAUCCUCGCACUCCAAAUCCGUCAGCGACGGAACCAAUUUCUCGCGCGUCAAGCCAACGUCCACAGCCGCUACGCCUGAAAACUACACCCGCCUGUACGACAUGGGCUACCGCAAUAUCGUGCAAAUCCAGCCGCAAGAUCGUCCUGGAGCAGGUGCCGAGAUCGCCCCUGAUGCUACUGCUGCUGCCACCGCGGCGGCGAAAUCCGCGACGCUGUCCGUCUUGCCGGAACGCAAGGAUUCCAAGCGGUGGUGGAAGAGGGGCACUUCGAAGAAGAUUGCGAGGAAGGGGAGUGGGGCGCAGGCACCGGCAUUGGCGCAGGUGGGCGAAUACAUGCACGCUGAUGAGAGUGCGCCGACUGUUGUGAGGUUUUGAUUCUUCUUUUCUUCUUUAUCCUUGUUGCUUCGCUUUUGUUGCGACUUGGGCUUCUGUGAGUGUUGGACACGACUUUGUGCCUGCUCUGUUUGUUUUGGCUGGCGGGUUUAGCGAGCGCGGUGUUGGGGCGUUUCGUCUGGGGGUGGGGAAAAGGCAUACCAUUCUUGCUGAUUACAGAUAGGGGAUUUACUGUAAACUU